AUUUAUUUAUUUAUAUCAUUCGUAUAAAUAAAAAAUUAAGUUAUUUUUUUAAUUUAUUUCUCAACUUUCUAGUUUCAAAUCUUCAAAUAAACAAAAUUUAAAAUGUCUAAAGUCCCAGCUGGUAGUGUUGGAUGUUUAAGCAAUGCUUUAUUAAAUUUACGUAGUUCAACUGACCAUAAUGCUGAUCAUGGUGCUAAAAACUCAGUUUUAACCUUUUCCAACUCAAAAGACACCACUAGAUUUGAUGGAUCGGAAGGAUGGUGUGCUUCUAUCAAUGAUAAGAACCAAUUCAUCGUUGCAGGUAGUUUUGUAUUAAAUAGUUUUGUUGCUAUUUCAACUCAAGGUCGUGGUGAUUCUGAUCAAUGGGUUACUUCUUAUAAAAUUAAAUACACUUCUGAUAAUAUUACAUGGAUUGAAUAUAACAAUGGUCAAAUUUUCAAUGGAAAUUCUGAUAGAAACACAGUUGUAACUCAUGUUUUCCCACAACCAAUUCGUGCUAGAUCUAUUUCUAUCCAUCCAGUUACAUUCCAAAAUCAUAUUGCACUUCGUUGGGAACUUUAUGUUAAACCAUUAAAAACUAACUUUGUACAAAUUGGUCACAUUAGUAUUGGUGAUAGAUCUCUUAAUUCUGGUAGUGGCGUUCGUGAAGCUCUUCGUCAUGUUAACUUUGAUGAACCAUUCGUCAAUAUCCCACAAGUUGCCCUCGGAACCACCCAAGUUGAUAGUACAACUGAUGGUGGUCAAUUGAGAUAUCGUGUUGAUGCUGUCAAUGUUACAACAACCGGUUUUGAUGUUAAAUUUACUACAUGGGUUAAUAACUUAAUAUCUGAUAUCUCUGUUGAUUACGUUGCAGUUGAACAUUAAAUAUAAAGUUACAUAGUGUAUCAAAAUAAUUUUUAAAUUAUCAAAAUUAUUUAAAGAUAAUUAAUAAACUAAAUAUAAUCAAAAACUUUAUUUAAAAUUAAAAAA